AUGCUCAGUCUGUCCUCCAGCAUCGGCGGUGCUCUUGGUUACACUGUUACAAGUGCUAUUUACACCAACACUUUCCCAAAUGCUCUGUUACGCGCCCUUCCGGAAUCAGCCGAAGCCGACUAUGCCGCCAUCUAUCUCGGAGUGUCGACCGCCCAGCUCCAAUACUCCCCCGGCAGUGAUGUGAGAAAUGCAAUCGACUAUGCUUGGGCACAUAGUCAAAAGUACGAGUGCAUCGCAACCACUGUUAUCGUGGCUCUCGCCUUCCCAGCAGUUGCUGUUUGGCAAAACUACAAUGUCGGUCGGAUGCAAUUAUUUUGGGGUCUUGGGCUACUCGGACAAAUAUCUUGCACAGGUUUAUAA